UUAAACAUGUAUUGGCUACAAAUGUUAAAGAUUGGUUAAGUACCCUAUGUUUUUUUGUGUUGAUUAUAGGCUUUAUAGAGCAGCCGUUUCUCCACUUAUAAUGGUAUCUUUAAAAAAAAAAACAUGACUCAAGUCAUGUGAUCAUGACAAUAUAAACAUUAAUUUGCGUAAUCUUUAGUAGGUAUUUUAAACUGUAACUAACAUUCCAACUUCAACUAUUCAUGAUGAUGUGCGGAGCUGUUUCCCAGGUGAGCAACGCCACGCCUGAAGUGCAGCAAAUAUGCGAUAAGAUGAAGCCACAUGCAGAGAAGAAAGCUGGAAAGAAGUUUGAUGUUUUCACCGCCAAAACAUUCACAACCCAAGUUGUAGCUGGGACCAACUUCUUCAUUAAAGUCCAUGUUGGUGGAGAUGAAUAUAUGCACCUGCGCGUCCAUAAAACACUACCCCACGCUGGCAGGAAACUGGAGCUGCAUGGAGUACAGACUCCAAAAACUCAAAAUGACCCUAUUGGUUUCUUCUGAAUACCUGUAACUCCCUGCAGAGGAUGCCACCCCCAUACUCCAGCCUCCAUGCCUGCUCUGGAUCAUGUGUACCCUUGUUUUUAUGCUCGCCCGUAUUGUACUAUACUGUAUUGUAUACUUACAUUGGUAAAUGUCUGUCUUUACUAAAAGCCAUCGACGCCUUUUCACUAAAUGUAUUUGGACUACAAUGAAAAUAAACAUUUGGCAGCUGA